CUGCCAUAAAUGUAAAUUAUGUCAAUUUGUUUAAUUUAUUGUGUUCAUUUAUGUUAUUUAUUUUCUUUAUUUAUUGUUGUUCCUUUUGGGGUAGGAACUAAGGUUCAUUCUGUGUUGCACACAGGCCUUUUAAGUGACGUAAAGGGAAGUAAAAAAGCAUGUGCAAGAAGCUAAGUUAAUAAGUUAACUAAGGCAGAAGAAGGAAUAAAUAAGCAGUUUAAAGUAAAAGAAAGCUGCAAAGAAGAAGAAAUUGGGAAUUAUUUUUGUUAAGUUUUGUUCCUGAAGCGGACUCAUUCCCUCACGGUUACGUGCAGCCAGCGAGUUUGACGGUGGAUUUUAUGGUGUUUCUGAGGAGAAGUUUGACGGAAGAAUAAAUCCAUCAGUGAAUGAAGAACCGUGGUGUCGUGUAUUAACUGGAGGGAGUGAUAGUCAAACUCGGACCUGCCCAGACUCGCCCUAUCAGCGCAAAUUCGACAGCUCAUCAAGACGGGAACACAGAUAAGCCACUGUUUAGGACACACAGGUCCAUAAGGUUUUCAUGAAGAAGUCUAUAAGCCAGACUCUAAAGUUUUUGGUCUGAAAAGUGACACAAGAGUUGGAAACUAAAAGGAACUGUGUAUAGUCUGGCAGCCACGCUGUUUCACGUAUAUGAAUGUGCAUUUACGUAAGAGAUGUAAAUUCAUGUUCAGCUGAAUAAUUAUAGUUGGCUCUGAAAGGGCAGAAGUAAACUUUGUACAUUUUGACAGAAAUUCAGUUUGUAUUUACGGUAAUAUUCUACAUGUAUGGGCUAAUUUGAAUGAGAGUGACUUCAUUUAGUUAAGCUCAUUCUUUCAGUAUUCACAAAUGUUGUUGUAGCUUGCUCUUGUAUGCUGCCUGUGUAUAUCUGUGUCUAAAUAAUCAAAAUGUCACAUACAAGUAAAGAAGCUCAGGGUGCAGCAGCUGCUCUGGAAGAAGAGACAGAGUUAGAGCAGACAGGUGAAUCAAAUAUCGGGCAAAAUAUAGCACCACCUGAAGAGCCUCGUAGAAGUGAAAGAGCCCGGACAUUAACAGAAAAGGAAAAGAGUUUCAGAAAGAGCAAAUCAAAGGGCUAUUGCUUCGCUUUGACAGCAAAUAUGAACGAUGGAAAGCUCUGAUUAAGGUAGCUAAAAGAUCUGUGUUAAAACAGGAUCCUAGUGACAUCCUACAAGAACACAUCACCAGUAUUCAAAGGGAAUUAUCUGAGUUGAACAUUGCUUAUGAUGAUUACAGAAGAAUUGAUCAACCAGCCCAUGACAUGCGUCGCAAGAUGGAUAACUGCAUCUCGAUCACAAAGACUGUAGUACAAAAUGCUCAAUCUGAAAUGCAGGGAACAGCGGAGGAGUUGAUUUGGCCAGAUAAUAGUUCUGUAUUCUCAUCGUCAGCCUCCAGUGUUUCACUUCCUGCCUCUAAUGGUUCUAAAGCUUCUUCUAUUCACUCAAGUGUAUCUUCACUUAGAAGACAAGAAGCUGCUGCCGAGUAUGCAGCUACACAGGCUGUACUGCAGAUUAUGGCUGAACAAGAGGGCCACGAAGAGAAACUGCAAAACCUUGAAGCUGAAGAGAGGUUGAUCAUUGCAGACCAAGAAGCAGCAGCAUUAGCUCGUCGUCUUGAAGGAGAAAGGGAAGAAACUGAACGUAGGCUAGAAAGACAGAAACAAGAGGCUGCUCUCUUAAAGAAACAGCAAGAAGAGAAUGCUGCAAGAAGAAGGUCUGUAGGAAACCUAAAGAGAGAACUUGAGCGUUUGGAAAAUUUGAAAAGGCUGAAUGCAGCCAAAGCAAGGCUUCAAGUAUAUGAUGAGAGUGAGCUCAGUCCAGCCCAAGGUAAUGCUGCACAGAGCCUGGAUCUACAUAAGGUUAUGCAGCCACUCAAUCAGGUGAAGACUGAGGACCAGCACUCACAACCACCAAAGGAUGCAGUGCCAACACAUGUGCUCCAGGAUAGCACAGGAGAGCUUGUGAAGGUCUUAGCUGAGGCUAUAUCAGCAAAUAGGCUACCCAUUCCAGAGCCCACAGUUUUUAGUGGUGAUCCACUCAAGUUUAAUCAUUGGAAGUCAUCCUUCCAAACUCUUAUUGAAAAGAAAAACAUUCCAAGCUCGGAGAAAAUAUUCUUCCUCCAGAAAUAUGUUGGAGGAGCAGCUAGAGAGGCAUUAGAAGGUUAUUUUCUGAUUGGUUCAGAUACUGCAUAUGUUGCUGCAUGGGAACUCCUCAAUGAGCGAUACGGCCAGCCUUUUAUGAUUGCCAAAGCCUGCCGAGACAAAUUACAUGCCUGGCCAAAGAUAGCAUCAAGAGAGAGCGCUGACUUAAGGAAAUUUGUGGACUUUUUACGCAGUUGUGAAUGUGCCAUGGCUCACAAUGAGAGUCUGCGUAUUCUUGAUGAUGGCAUUGAAAACCAAAAACUGACAGCCAAGUUGCCUGAUUGGUUAAGCAGCAGAUGGAACCGAAAAGCCACACAGUAUCAGCUGGAGCAUGGAAGGUUCCCAGAUUUCAAGUAUUUCGUAACUUUCCUGACUUUGGAGGCUAGUAUUGCUUGUAACCCUGUUACAUCUUACAAUGCUUUGCGGCAAGGGGAGCCAGAAAGGACAAGAUCUAAACCUCAGAAUGUAGUGACCUCUAAGAACCAAGCAGCAAGUGCAAGGAUUUUUACAACUAACACCACUGAGAAGAGCAUAAGCACAUGUAUGUUUUGUAAGAAAACAGGGCAUGUCUUGCACAAGUGCCGUAGGCUAACUGCAAGGCCAGUUGCUGACCGAGUGAAGUUCAUUCAAGGUGAGAAACUGUGCUUUGGCUGUUUGAGUCCUGGCCAUCAAUCCAAGAAUUGCAGCAACCGGAUGGUCUGCGACACCUGCUCAAAGCGCCACCCCACAUGCUUACAUGAGGAUCGCUCAAAGCAAAAGGAAAAUGACGAGACAAGUUGCAGUAAGGAAAGAAAGCCACAGUCGCCGCAAGACACCACUCACGAAACCACAUCCAAUAGAGUUGUGCAUGAUGGUAACAGUGCUCAGACUUCAGCAAUAGUUCCUGUUUAUGCAUCAAUGCCAAGUGAUUCAAACAAAGAAGUCCUUGUCUAUGCUCUGUUAGAUUCACAAAGUGAUUCUUCAUUCAUUCUUGAAGAAGUGGCAGAUGCUCUUGAUGUUAAUGCAGAGCCAGUCAAGUUGAAGCUGUCUACAAUGUCUUCCAAGGAGACAAUUGUACCAUGCAAAAGACUCAAAGGUCUACAAAUAAGAGGGUUAUCUUCUUCUAAGAAGAUCACAGUGCCAACGGUCUACACUCGUGAAUUCAUACCUGCCAAUCGUACACACAUUCCAACACCAGAGACUGCAAAGGCGUGGCCUCAUUUAGAGCAUCUUGCGGAACACAUUGCCCCGCCGAAGAAAUGUGAAAUCGGUCUUCUUAUCGGGUAUAACUGUCCACAAGCACUAAUGCCUAGAGAAGUUGUAUGUGGUGAGGACAACCAGCCCUUCGCACAGAAAACUGACGUAGGCUGGAGCAUAGUGAGCUAUGGUGAUCCAGGUGAACACUACAGUGAUGCAAUAGGAGUAAGUCACCGCAUCAUUGUAAAGCAAGUGACCCCUGAACCCAAAGUAACAAGUAAGUUGAAGAGCAAAGUUCAUUAUGUUUGCAAAACAAGAAUUAAGGAGAUGACUGCUCCAGAAGACAUACUUAAGGUGCUGGAAUCUGACUUCAGUGAAAGGCUUGGAGAAGAGACAAAUCUCUCGCAAGAAGAUCUCCGGUUUUUGACUAAAAUGAAAGAAGAAAUUAAGCACAAAGAAGACGGACAUCUUGAAAUGCCUCUGCCUUUUAAACAGAGCAGGCCAGAGCUACCAAAUAACAAGCCAAGUGCUGUUCAACGCCUCAUGUGCUUGGAAAAGAAGCUCAAGAGAGACCAGAAAUAUCGGACAGACUACAUGAACUUCAUGGAAGACAUUAUCAGUCGUGGUGAAGCAGAAAAGGUCCCAGAAAAAGAGCUUGAUAAACGAUCAGCUUGGUAUAUUCCCCACCAUGGCGUAUACCACCCUCAAAAGCCAGAGAAACUGCGAGUGGUCUUUGAUUGUUCGGCAAGAUUUCAAGACAUGUCAUUGAAUGACUACCUUCUUACAGGGCCAGAGCUCACAAACACCUUGGUGGGAGUUCUUUGUAGAUUUCGAAAGGGCCCAGUCGCUAUUAUGUGUGAUGUGGAACGAAUGUUUCAUCAAUUCCAUGUAAAGCCUGAAGACCAAGACUACUUGAGGUUCUUAUGGUGGGAGAAUGGUGAUCUUGAGUCUCCGCCAUCAGUUUUUCGGAUGAAAGUCCAUUUGUUUGGAGCAGCUUCCUCACCUGGCUGUGCCAAUUUUGGACUUAAACAUCUAGCCACAGAAGGUCAAGAUCGAUUUAACCAAAGCACUGUCAAGUUCAUCCGAAGAAAUUUUUAUGUUGAUGAUGGACUGGUGAGUGUAAGGUCUGAUGCUGAGGCAAUCAAGCUGAUCAAGGAAGCAAGAGAGCUUUGCAGCACAGGCAAGCUUAGACUACACAAGUUCAUUUCCAACAGCAAGAAGGUAUUGGAGUCAAUACCAAAGGAAGAGUGUGCAGACAGUGUCAAAGAACUGGACAUAGAUUUAGGGGAGCCACUCCUAGAAAGAGCACUGGGCGUGCAAUGGUGCGUAUCCUCUGAUGACUUUCAGUUCAGAGUAACUGUCAAGAAACACCCAAUGACGAGAAGGGGAGUGCUAUCCACAGUAGCUUCCAUCUACGAUCCUUUGGGUUUCGUAGCACCGUUUGUUUUACGUGGGAAGUUGAUCUUGCAACAGUUGAGUCGAGAGAAAGCUAGUUGGGAUGAACCACUUUCAGAGGAGUGCAGAUCACAGUGGCAGUCAUGGUUACAAGAUCUCCAUAACUUGUGUCAAGUAAAGAUUAAGAGGUGCUACAUACCAGCAAGCUUCAUAGAUGUCAAGCAGUACGAGUUACAUCACUUCUCAGAUGCUAGCUUCACAGGUUAUGGAGAGUGCACUUAUCUAAGAGCAGUGGACUCUAAUGGCAGCGUACACUGCUCACUUGUCAUGGGGAAAGCGCGUGUUGCCCCCACUAAGGUCACAACAGUUCCAAGGCUUGAGUUGUCUGCAGCAGUGGUUGCUGCGAAGAUGGGUGCCAUCUUAAAACAUGAGCUCGAAAUAGACAACCUUAAGGAAUAUUAUUGGACUGAUUCAAAGGUUGUUCUCGGGUACAUUAAUAAUGAUGCCAGACGCUUUCAUGUUUUCGUGGCAAAUAGGAUCCAGAGAAUCAAAGCCACCACAGAUGUCAACCAGUGGUAUCAUGUGCAGUCCGAAGACAAUCCGGCGGACCAUGCUUCGAGAGGGUUAUCGGCAGAUCGGCUCGUUGCUUCAAAUUGGUUCACUGGCCCAGACUUUCUGUGGGAAAGGGAGCUACCCACAAGAGAUGCUAAGGUGGGAGAGGUUAGUGAUAAUGAUCCAGAACUUCGAAGGGCUCAGGUGCUCAACACCAGCGCAAGGAUAAAUAGAACAUUGUUGGACCGCCUGACUAAGUUUUCUGACUGGAAAAGAGUUGUUAAGGCUAUUGCUUGUCUUAAACGUCAUGCUAAGCAAGUUAAGGGUCUUAGUCCCAAACUCAAUGGAAGUACAAGUGUUGAGGAAAGACAACAAGCUGAACUUUUCCUAAUCAGAUUGGUCCAAACAGAAGUAUUCAGCAGUGAAAUCAAGAAUUUACAGCAAUCCAAGGACGUAAAAUCCAAAGACAAAGCAAACAAGCUAUGCAAAUUAAGUCCAUUUUUGGAUGAGCAGAGUGUGCUGAGAGUAGGCGGACGCUUAACAAGAAGUGAUCUUCAUACACAUGUUAAACAUCCUGCUAUUCUGCCAAAAACAAGUCACGUGUCUUCUUUAUUGAUCAAGCAUUAUCAUGAGAAAGUACAGCAUCAAGGAAGAGGUAUGACUGUAAAUGAGUUGCGAUCUAAUGGGAUAUGGGUCAUUGGAUGCAGCAGUGCAGUUGCCUCACAUAUCUUUAAGUGCGUCACAUGCAGAAAGUAUAGAAGGAACACACAAGAUCCAAAAAUGGCAGACUUGCCAGAGGACAGAAUGGAAAUGACCCCUCCAUUCACAUAUUGUGGCAUGGAUUGCUUUGGACCAUUCUAUGUGAGGGAUGCAAGAAAGGAACUGAAGAAGUAUGGUCUUCUCUUCACUUGUAUGUGUUGCAGAGCUGUACAUAUCGAAAUGCUUGAUGACCUCAGUUCAGAUGCCUUCAUCAAUGCAUUGCGCGUAUUCAUUGCAAUACGUGGGAAUGUAAGGCAGUUGAGAUGUGAUCAAGGUACCAACUUUGUGGGUGCAAAAAGAGAGUUCAUGGACUCAAUGAAGAACUGGGAUCAUGAGCAGGUGAAGGAAUAUGGCUGUGAGUUUGUAAUGAAUCCCCCAUCAUCAAGCCAUAUGGGAGGAAUUUGGGAGAGGCAAAUAAGGACAAUCAGAAGUGUUCUAACAGCAAUUCUUGAUCAGUCUGCUAAAAGACUUGACACCGCCUCACUUAGGACUUUUUUGUAUGAAGUGAUGGCUAUUAUAAAUAGCAGACCGCUGACAACAGAGCACCUGAAUGAUCCAACAAGUCUUGAACCGCUCACACCAAAUCACAUUCUUCUGAUGAAGUCUAACAUCAUAUUGCCACCUCCGGGUCAGUUCGUGAGUCAAGAUUUAUACCUGCGUAAGAGAUGGCGUCAGGUGCAGUUCUUGGCGAAUGAGUUUUGGACAAGGUGGAGGAGGGAGUACCUUCUUAAUCUCCAGCAAAGACAGAUAUGGCAUGGGGAUAAAAGGAACACCAAUGUCAAUGACAUUGUUAUUCUUCAAGAGGACAGUGCUCCGCGAAAUCACUGGAGACUAGCAAGAGUCACGGAGGUGUACCCCAGCUCUGAUGGAAGGGUCAGAAAGGUAAAGCUGUUGGUUAGUGACUCAACUUUGGACAAACAGGGAAAACGCACAACUAGGCCAGUUUAUCUUGAAAGGCCAGUGCAAAAAAUAGUACUACUUGUUGAAGCAGAAUAAGCAUGUGUUAAACUGUUGUAAAUGCUUAUAACUUGAAGAUGCAAAUCUGUGAAGAAAUCUCAAGUUGAGAUUUGGUGGGAGUUUAACUGCCAUAAAUGUAAAUUAUGUCAAUUUGUUUAAUUUAUUGUGUUCAUUUAUGUUAUUUAUUUUCUUUAUUUAUUGUUGUUCCUUUUGGGGUAGGAACUAAGGUUCAUUCUGUGUUGCACACAGGCUUUUAAGUGACGUAAAGGGAAGUAAAAAGCAUGUGCAAGAAGCUAAGUUAAUAAGUUAACUAAGGCAGAAGAAGGAAUAAAUAAGCAGUUUAAAGUAAAAGAAAGCUGCAAAGAAGAAGAAAUUGGGAAUUAUUUUUGUUAAGUUUUGUUCCUGAAGCGGACUCAUUCCCUCACGGUUACGUGCAGCCAGCGAGGUACGUUAACUGUGUUUGUUUAUCGCGUAUUUGUUAACUUGGGUUUAAAUGUUUAUUUGUAAUAUUUAUGUUGGUCAUUCUGUACUUUUAUGUAAUAACAGUUUGACGGUGGAUUUUAUGGUGUUUCUGAGGAGAAGUUUGACGGAAGAAUAAAUCCAUCAGUGAAUGAAGAACCGUGGUGUCGUGUAUUAACUGGAGGGAG